AUGUAUUGCAGUCAGUCACAUAACAUCGAACUUUUGAAUUCGACGAACUUUUCUUUUCUCAAAGCUUUCGUAAAAAUAUCAGCAAUAUAUUCCAAACGAUUCGAAACUACAAAAGCUCUAACGGAAUACGUAACUGUCAUGUACACUGGGGUUCAAAACCUAAUUGACACGUUAGAAAUGGGAAUAAAAAUUCGCUUGCUUGGAAUUGAUCCAUUUACGAAAGAAACAGAACCACCUUAUAUAGAAGAGAGUGCAAUUCCGGGCCACGCACAAAAUCUUAAUCCUGUUGAUUUAAUUAAAAGUAUGGAAAAAUAUUACUGUAAUCAUGCUACUGGUUUAGCUAAAGAUGCUGAUAUAAUCAUACUCCUUGUUACAUAA